CGGAGAUCUGGAUAUGCAUUUAAAAAAUAGACGCAUAUUAUCCAUUUUUUCAAAAUCAAUUAGAAGAUCCAAUAGCUGAUAAUUUUUGCUCACAGUAGACCCAUGUGCACAGAAUCAUUUACGGUUUAAAAUAUUGGAUAUGAGCCAGUAAAGUUCCACAGUUUCACACAAAAUCCAAAGGAGAAGAAUACAGAACAAAAAAUGAGCGAUGCCAAAUCCAAGUUCUUGGAAGUUUAUUCACUUCUCAAAUCUCAGCUGCUAAAUGACCCUGCUUUUGAAUUCACUGAUGAAUCUCACCAAUGGGUCGAUCGGAUGUUGGACUAUAAUGUACCUACAGGAAAGCUAUACCGAGGACUGGCUGUUGUUGAUUGCUACAAGUCACUCAAGGAAGGAAAAGAACUAGUUGAUGAUGAAAUUCUUCUUGCUUGUGUGCUUGGUUGGUGCAUUGAAUGGCUUCAAGCAUGUGCAGUGGUUCUUGAUGACAUCAUGGAUAACUCUCAGACACGCCGUGGUAAACCUUGCUGGUUCAGGCUACCAAAGGUUGGUUUUAUAGCCAUAAAUGAUGGAAUACUUCUCUUCAAUCACGUCCAUCGAAUUCUGAAGAUGUAUUUCAGGGAGAAGCCUUAUUAUGUGGAUCUGCUGGAGUUAUUUGGUGAGGUGGAAUUCCAGUCAGUCUCUGGAGAAAUGAUAGAUUUAAUUACCACCCAUACAGGAGCAAAAGAUCUAUCAAACUAUUCAUUGUCACUUUACCACCGAAUUGUUGAGUACAAAGGUGCAUAUUAUUCAAUUUACCUUCCAGUUGCGUGUGCAUUGGUUAUGGCAGGUGAGAAUGUUGAGAACCAUGUUGAAGUGAAGAAGAUCCUCGUUGAAAUUACAAUCUAUUUUCAAAUACAGGAUGAUUAUCAAGAUUGCUUUGGAGACCCCAAAGCCACUGGUAAGGUUGGAACAGAUAUUGAAGAUUGCAAGUGCACUUGGUUUGUUGUGAAAGCACUGGAACUUGCUAAUGAGGAACAAAAGAAAUUGUUAUAUGAAAAUUAUGGGAAAGCAGACCCAGCCUGUGUUGCAAAAGUGAGAGAACUCUAUCAAGUUCUUGGUCUUCAGGGUAUAUAUGCCGAAUAUGAGAGGGAGACUUAUGAGAAGCUGUCAAAAACCAUUAAAGCUCAUCCAAAUAAAGCGGUGCAAGCUUUAUGGGGAAGAUUCGUAGAAACCAGAUGGACAGUUGAGAGAGCAGGGCAUGCUGCUGGGAACAGCUGAGAAGAAGAGAUGGAUUUGUUUGCACCGACUGCCAGCAUCUGCUUUGGUUCUUGUUCUUCUAAUGGUUCAGAAUGAUACUGGUUUAGCUCUAAAAUAAGCUGCGGAUUGACCUCUUCCACAGCUACAUGAAAUGCCUGUCAAUUUCGGUUAAUGAUUUUAAUACUUGAUUUAGUUUAGGUUAAUAAAAUUAUUUAUAAUUUAGACUCUAAA